UCGCGCACGAUACGCGAAGGCUUCACCCGUCCCAGAGCCCGGGCGCGAAUCAGUUUUUGGUGCCUCGAAUCCAUCCCGUCUGGAGGCUCUGCUCUGUGAUCGAAGAGAAUGUUCCACGGCCGCGGUGCCGGUGGCCUGUAGAGCGCGCGCGUUACUCGGAGUCAAGCCGGAGUGAGUGAGUUCCGUCGUCGUCGAGUGGGUCGUUGUGUAACGCACACGGGGCUUACGUAAUCCGGCGCACGGCGCAGGAAGGACCGUUUUUUCUCGGGGGAGGGGAACCGUUUGUUUCUGAGGUUUGGGGCCGCACAUCAAUCAUGGGUGUUAUGCUGUCGGUGCUAGUGGCCAGCGUCGGUGCGAUGGACCUCAUCUACUGCCUGGCGUACGUCUCGAAUCAGGUCACGGAGGGCCCCUCACCGACGGCGGACGAUGAGGGGGCCGGGCUCGAGCAGUACCGGAAGGAGAUCGACCGGCAGCUGGCGGCUGCACCGCGGAGCACGAUCGAGGACGUGACGGUCGCCCAGGAUGGGGUCCCGUACCGCGACGGCUACCGGGUGGAACAGUUCGACGAGGCACGACUCGAUGCGCUGGGGGCGAAAAUUCGUGACCUCGAGCGGCGCAGCCAGGAGAAGGAGCAGCGCCUGGAGCAGCUGAACGUGGCGCUCCGCGAGCUCGAGCGCAAGUCCGUCGAGCGGGAGCUCCAAGGACGCUCGCGGCCGGUUAGUCGCGCUCCAAGCCCGGACCGUCCGGAGACCGAGGUCCUGGCCGUGUCACCCACCCUACCACAGAUCGUGCUCGACGACGGGGGGCCCGGUGCGGAGCCUCGUCCCAGUUCGAGCAAGUUCCGACCGAUCCGCCGGGACGAUGAGACGCGCCGGUCAGUGAAGCGGCGCUCGGUCACCUCGAACGCAUCGCAGGACGAUCGGGCCGAAGAGCUGCUGCUGCUGAGCCAGCUGGAGGAAGAAGAGGCAGCCCACAUGCAGGACUACGUGCCGCUGACGUACGCCCGGGACGAGCAUCCUGCGGGACCGGCGGAUGCGUUCGGGAAGCGCCACAAGAUCAGCCCGAUCCCGGAGCUGUGCCAGAUGCACGAGGACGAGGAUCGACAGUGGGUGCCGGAGCGAUCGCCGGAGCCGACCCUCGCGGCCAACAUUACCCGCCCCUGGGGUGACAUCAAGCUGGACGAGGUCAAGGAGCGAGCCGUCAUCGCUCGCCGCUCAGCCCGUUCCCUCUCGAUCGAGGAAGUCGAAACGCCUCGCCACAGUCAGAGUGAAGGCGAAGAGGAGAGUCGACCGGGGCCGCAGCUGCGGGCCUGUGAGACGGUCCCCGCGAACCUCAGUCGCGCCUCGUCGCGCUCGGUCAGCCCGGACCACGCCGAGCAGCCGACGUUGCGCCGGACGACCAAGGAAACGGACCUGGCCAGCCUGCUCCUGCUGACGGUGCCGGAUGGCGCGGACCGCAAGGCAAGUAGUACCUGGACCACCGAAAUCACCAUCCACACCGAGGAGUCCGACUCCGAGGGCCCGACCCCCCGCACCACCCACUUCAUGCAGUCCAAGUCCCCCUCGCCGUACGUGGAGGACGACGACGACCAGGACGCCGACCAGGACGCGACACUCGGACGCACCACCACCACCACCACCGCUGACCGUUCCAACCGCCUGGUCCCGCUCGUCCCCCCCAUCGACACCCACCGUCCCCGCUCUCCCACACCCUACGACCAGCCCUCCUCGAGGGACACCACGCCACCGUCGACGCCCGCGAAUGGUUCCGAUCCGUUCGACUUCCGGCGAUCGCCCAGCACGACACCGACCCGGCCAGGCGACGCUCCGAUCGCUGGCACAUCGCGUUCCCCAACGCCGCCCACCGCCGGCCCUAACCUCUCCCCCCAUCCUUCCCCCCGGUCAUCGUCUUCGACACAGCCGCGGCGCAAGGAGCGCAAGCUACGACGCGUCGCCCGCAGCCUGACACCGAUCGACUACGAUCAGACGUUCAUGGACAGCUUCACCGAGCAGCGGCUGUCGGUGUCACCGGCCGAGCUGGAGGACUACAUCAACAGCAUGGACUCGAUCGAUUUUGUACCCCCGCGGCUGACUCCACCGCCCUUUCUGUACCGCCCCCGGGCGAUCCCGAGCCUGGUGUUGACCGACGCCCAGGGUUCCGAUGCUGAGUUCCACGCGGAUCUCUCCACCAGAUCGUUCUAUGGCGGGACCGAGGGUCACCCGGACGUACAGUUGAACCAUCGCGUGAGCUAUGGCGAGUGGCUGAAGAAGUUCCCGGAGCACCAAUCGAGCCACCUGUCGCUGGAGGACUUUGACAGUGACGACGAGGAGGUGGAAACGAUCACACGCAACGCCGAUCGCGGCGAGGCCGAGGGCGAUGGGUUGCUGUUUCCGACGGGACGAGGAGCUGGUUCGGGCGAAGUGACACCAGAGGUCCCACUGGCCGCAGUACCGUCACCGGUUGCCACUCCGGAGCCGACGAUGAUCCGCGAGCACACCCAGUUUCCGGUCAAUGUUCCCGCGCUCUACGCAACACCUUCGCCAGUGUCCCUGGUGUCGCCGGUGUCGCCGGUAUCGGACCUUUCGGACCUAUCCUCCUCGCCAGUCACCGUUUCCCCACGACCCACCUCUCCUGACCACCCCUUGACCGUGACGGUACGCCUAUCGAGCCCAGCGCCCGAGACGCACUUUACGCCGAUAUCACUCACCUCUCUGGACGCCGACGAUCGGCAGCAGCGAUCGCUCACACCCACCACCACCACACCGACACACUCACUCCGGGUGCCCCGAUCCCCGAGCAUGUCCCCGCUUCCGGUGGACAUUUCACCCGAGGAGCUCGUCUUCGAGAUCGGCCACCUGGACGGGCUGAUCUUUGAGGCCAAAAGUCGAGAACCCUCCCCAUCUCCGGCAAGGCAACCGCUGCUCAGUCCGGACGAGCUGGCAUUCGACAUCGGCAACCUGGGUGGACUGAUUUUGGGACCCCCGAGCCGUAGCGUUUCCCCGGUGCCACCAGCGUCCCGAACACUGAACGGAUCGCCGACACCGGACGGCAACGAGUAACACGAAACGAACACACGAACACCGGAACUACUACUCCCCUGGACUAUCACCACGACUACUGCUAGGACCCUAUGUUAUGUGCUUUUCUGGAAUAAAGAACACGAAAGAAAAACCAAUCCGAUCC